GGAGUAUUCAUUAGAAGAUGAAAAAAGCUCACUAGCUGGGAUAAAGAGGCCUUGUAUGGGUUUCACAAGAUGUUUUGUCACACACAGAAUAGAGGGGAACUGUAUCUGAACAGAGUCCAAAGUUUGUCUGGCAUUAAAUCACUGAUUUUAAACAAAUAGUGCUGAAGUUUCACUUUUCCAGAGCCUGCAGCAGAGCUUGACAGAGUCUGUGUCGAAGUUCAGCUCUGUCGGGAACAGCAAGGCACGGGAGAAUCUAUUUUGAUAUACACUGUGAAAAGCUGGAGUAAGGUCCGUCUCAAAAUGUGGCUGUAUCUUUUUAUUGGCAUCGCCAUCUUCUUGCUGCAUAGGUGGUACAGAGAGCGUCAGCAAGUCUCCAAUAUCACCCAAAAGUAUGUCUUAAUAACGGGCAGUGACUCGGGUUUUGGGAACCUGCUGGCUCGGCAGCUAGAUGCUCAGGGUAUGCCAGUAUUGGCAGCGUGCCUGACUGAGAAGGGGGCAGAAGAGCUGAAGAAAGUAACAUCUAAAAGACUUCAGACAACAAUCCUUGAUGUAACAAAAACUGAAAGCAUCAUGGCCGCCGCUGAUUGGGCGAAGACCGUUGUAGGUGACAAAGGGCUCUGGGGCCUGGUGAACAAUGCAGGAAUCAGCAUUCCAACAGCGCCAAACAUAUGGAUGGGAAUAGAAGACUUCCGGAAAGUCAUGGACGUGAACCUUUUUGGAGUAAUUGAGGUGACACUGAAUUUUCUGCCUAUGCUUAUGAAAUCCAGAGGGAGACUUGUCAACGUUGCCAGUGUCUUUGGACGUAAUUCUGUUGUAGGAGGUGGCUAUUGUCUUUCUAAGUAUGGAGUGGAAUCAUUUUCUGACAGUCUGCGAUGUGAGUUGUAUUCUUUUGGUGUGAAAGUCUGCAUUAUAGAGCCGGGCUUCUUCAAAACAGCAAUGACGGACCCUUUGAUGAUAGAGAAGUCUCUCGAACAAUUAUGGAGCAGGCUACCAGCAGAGACAAAGGAUGCUUAUGGAGAACAUUUCUUGAAAGAAUAUAAGAAGACUGUAACAGAGAUGGCACCAAAUUUGUGCAGCCACGACUUGUCCAAGGUCACAGAUUGCAUGGAGCAUGCCCUGACAGCUGUUUACCCCAGGAAGCGUUAUUCUGCAGGUUGGGAUGCAAAACUCUUUUGGAUCCCUAUUUCGUACUUUCCAUCUGCCUUCUCAGACUUUUGGUUCACUUUGCAUACACCAAAACCACAGCCAAGCAUUUAAUGUGAACUGAGAAAUGUAUAUUCAGCCAUCAUUUUUGUAUUUGACUUUAUUUUAAAAGCUACAUGACAGCUAAAUAUAGAUGUAAAUCACUUA